AUGGGUCUGGAAAAUGAAGAUAAUGUUACAGGAUUUCUAAUUCAAGGCUUUUCUGAGUUUGCAGAGAUCCAGUUCCCAAUAUUUACGUUGUUCCUCAUAAUGUAUCUCAUUAUCCUGUUGGGGAAUGUGACAGUUUUUGCUGUGAUUUCAUCCAGCUCUCACUUGCACACACCGAUGUAUAUCUUCCUGAUGAACCUUUCAUGCCUUGACAUCUCUUUCACCACCAAUAUUCUUCCUAAUCUUUUACAUGUGCUCUUGACUCAACAUAAGGAUAUCUCAUUUGUGGGAUGCAUGACACAGAUGUACUUUUUUGGAUCAUUUACUUGCAGUGAAUUCCUCCUACUGACAGCUAUGGCGUAUGACCGUUAUGUUGCCAUAUGUCACCCCUUGCAUUAUGUUCUUCGCAUGAGCCUAAGGAACUGUGCUGUUUUUGUAGCUGCUACAUGGACAAUAGGUUUUUUGGAAUUCACAGGACACACUGUACUGAUAUCUAACCUAUCAUUUUGUGCAUCCAAUCUUAUUGAGCAUUUUUUCUGCGAUGUUUACCCCCUGCUGAAACUCUCCUGCACUGAUACCUUUAAUGUGGAAUUAUUGAACUAUAUUGAAGGGACAUUAAUGACGUUUAAUUCAUUCCUUUUAACCUUGAUCUCUUACAUCUUUAUUGUCUCAACUAUUGUAAACAUUCAGUCAUCAGGAGGACGAAGCAAAGCAUUUUCUACAUGUACCUCCCAUCUGACAUGUGUUAUUAUGUUUUAUGGGACGCUCUUCUCUUUGUACAUGAGACCAUCGUCACAUUAUUCUCCAAGUAGAGACAAGUUUUUUGCUCUUGUUUAUGUUGUGAUGAAUCCUUUACUAAACCCUUUUGUAUACACUUUAAAAAAUAAAGAAUUCCAAGAUGGAUUAAAGAAAUUAAGUCCAAUAUAA